ACACAGCUGUUUGCGACCGAGGGCCUGGGACACAGCUGUUUGCGACCGAAGGAUUGGGCACGGCUGUUGUCUGCGGGCCAUGCCAAAGAAAACAUCUUUUCUGGCAAUUCCAUAGAUGCCGGAACGCAGCUGCGAGAGACCCAGCCUGCAGUAUGACGUUAGCAGCUUAUUCUCUCAGACCCUUAGCCCGUUUCUGGGGAACGAAUCUGCAGUGCCGGAACGUUUCAUAUAUUGAUAAGUAGAAAGGAUGAAUAGACAAACUAGUAUGUGAAGACCUUUUUGACUGAUAGCUAUACACGAGAAUUACUAUGUUGCUAAGGUUCAUAUCGCGCAUGGAUACUGAUAUUAAUACCCCUAUGUUUGAUAUUACUGGAAUUGAUAUCAUGUAUUAUAAUCAUUAUUGUUUUAAAAAACAUUCAUUGUCUGACUGAAGUACAUAUGUCUUAAAUAGUUUUCUUUUCCAGUUUCAUUAAAGAGGAUGACAGUGUAUAUCCUAAAAGGAAGGCCCCGCGUCAAGUUCCUUCUGUGGGUCGUGGCAAUAUGUCUCCUAACUCUCAACCUGCUGCAGAGCACUAGAGACCCCUCCCCCGCAUCCGCACCCUGGCUCGAGCUCGACCCCACGCCCACAGACUGGCCAGAAACCGCCUCCACUGACGAAGAGGACUUAGACCCGUCCGGCAACAGAAGCCCUUACGCCGAGGGAAGCCUGUACACACCCUUCGACGGCGACAGGUGCGACUGUCUCUUCUUGCGGCAUGAUCAGCAUGUCCACCCGAGCGAGGAGUACGACGUGGAAAUCCCCUGGCUUAACAAGACCACGGUGCAGCUCCUGGAGGAGACCCACCCCAACCUCCCGGCUUCCUUCCUGCACCAGCGCGGACGCGAGGGCGGCUGCAUGGCUGUGCCCACCCACUUCGAAAUCAAGUGGCACAACGACGUCUGGCAGGAGGCGGCGCGAGGCGGCGACGGCGGCCAAGACGAGAAAAUUUUCCUAUAUUCGGCCUUCUACGACGCAAGAGCAAACACAGAGCGAGGUCCCUGCGUGAGGAUCCUCGGGGUCAGUCAGCUGCUAGAUCCUGAGCCGGUUUGGUGCACUUUGUGGUUCGACCCCUCCAAGCCGCCCGUGUCCGCCCACGCGACUGCCGAACACCUCGACAUCCAGGACCAGGACCCCCGUCGCCACAUGCCGUACCUGUUCACGUGCGACCUCCCGGCCUCCGUGGAGCACCUCGUACCCGCUGCCGUGUCCCUGGUGUCCGUGCCCUGUGGCCCCACCGCCAACAUCCUUAAGGUCGUGGGCGGCCGAGAGCGAGGAUCAUCUGCUGUCGUCGGCGAGUCGGACGGCAAAAACCCGCCGGUGUGGAACGUGGCCGUCUGUGGCCCCGCCCUGUACUACUACCACUGGGACGCCGCCGACCGCCUCAUCGAGUGGGUCGAGGCCUUGCGGGCGAUGGGCGUGGCCAAGGUCUUCCUGUACGAGACCGACGUCCCGCCCAGAAUGAUCCGGGUCCUGCGCCACUACGAGAAGGGCGACUUCGUGCAGGUGCUGCCGUUCACGUACCCGCCGCCCUACUCGAACCACCCGGCGAUGCGCAGGCUCUGGGCGAGCUCCGAGACCAAGAAGAUGUACGCACUCGAGAACAUCUAUUUCAGCGACUGCGUGUUGAGGCACAUGCACGAAUACCGUUUCAUCGCCCACUUUGACACGGACGAGAUGCCUAUCCUGCUGCGCCACGAGACUCUGCCACAGCUGGUUGGCGACCUGCUCAGGUCCUACCCGGGGUUGGUCGUCCCUGCCUUCGCUCUGCAGUCGAACUUAUUUUACGACGACCUCCCCCCCACAGAGGAAGCCCAAGAUAUCCCUACCACCCUGUGGGUCCUCAGACACACGCUUAGGUUCAAGAAGGACGAGCCCCAGGACACGAGAAACACGAAGCCCAUUUUUGACAUGGACGUGACUCGAGGGGCCUUUUCCCACGCCCAGGUCACCUGCGUCGAUGUCAUUGGUCUUUGUCCCUACCAUUACCAAGUGGUAAACUCGACCACGGCAUACGUUGGGCACUUCAGAAAAUCCUGCAAAGAGAAAUGCCAGGACAAAAAUCUAUUGAGGACGGAGACGGCACAUCUUCGACACAAAGACACGAUAAUCAGAGCUGUUACUUCAGUUAGGGAAAAGUUACAUAUGAAUUAGUUCGGUCUUAGUUUUAUCCAGGGACGUUAUUUAUCCAGGGACGUUAGUCUUCAUUCAGCCUUUACUUCAACAGUGAAUGUUAUACUCGCUUCAUCUACUCAGAUAAAUAAUUUUAGACAUAGUUCAGGUUUGGCAUUUCGAAGUUAACACCAGCCGUCAGUCUUUAAACUUGAAUGUUGGAACUUCAUUUAGUAGAUUUGGCCCAGGCUUAACUCUAAGAAAUAAAAUUAGACGUGUGUGUGUGUGUGUGUGUGUGUGUGUGUGUGUGUGUGUGUGUGUGUGUGUGUGUGUGUGCGUGCGUGCGUGCGUGCGUGCGUGUGUGUGUGUGUGUGUGUGUGUAUUUAGUCUUAGCUUUGAAAUCAGCAUCAGACUUUGUUUAACCUUAGCAUUUAAGACGGGCCAGAGUCUUGAUUCUAAGAAAUUAUGUAACUUCCUGAAACAUCCAGGCUACAGCAGCAGUUUAUAGAAUAGGCUGAAUUCCUCUGCGAAUAGUGUAGCGAGUUGUUCGUUUGUUGAUUCGUGAUGUGAAAUUACAUAUAAAACCCAUC